AGCUGAUCAAUUGACUAUUGAUAAACUUCAAUUUUUUAUUUUGUUCACAUUUUUUGUGCAGAUCGGUUACAAGCAUACGAUUGUUUUGAGUUUCUAAUUACAAUGAGUGUGUAACAAGUGAACUUUGUACAGAGCUUUAAAAUCAAGAGAUUGAGAGAGAAAAAGUUACCGUCGACAAUUGGCGUUUUUUUUUUUUUUAAAACACACACAUAAAUAGUAACAACAAAUAUGGCCAUUAAAAUGAAAACCACAUGUUGAAGGCAAAUAUUGCGCAAAAAAACAGCGACACAAAGAACAUAAACGAUUAAAAAAUGACGGUUGAUAAUAUAGCAAAGCAAUGCAGUCAAAACCGAAAAUGAGAGCUUCGUUAUGAUUCGUGAGAGUGAAUAAGAAAUCCUACAGUAUCGCGCGCACAGUUUAUGUUCAGAUUUUAUGUGUAUCUUAGUGGCUUUGGAUGUAAUUGUUGAAUUUUUGUUGUUGUUUCUGCUGCUGUUUUUGCGUUUGCUCAUUUUGUUGUGGCUGCUGCUGCCGCUGCUGCUGUUGUUGUUGUUAUUUUUUGUUGCUGUUGUUGGAUUCUCUCGAAUGCGUCUUUUACGUAUACACAAAGCCACAGCCAAGGGUAAAAAUAUUACAUUUUUUCAAUUCAGUUUUGUUUGUAUCUCGUCGAGACGAAGAAGAAGUGUGUUUUCUGUGCAGAUUCCGAGUGUAUCGGUGUGGCCUCUCUAUCAAAACGUGUUCGUACAAACCAUUUUCUUGUGUCGAUAGUGAUUUUGUUUCUUUUUUCUUAUGUUUUUCAUCUAAAGUACAGUUUGAUUUGAGUUUUAAUAUUUAUAAAAUUUGUAAAAAAAAAAUUUGACCAAUCAUGUUCAUAAUGAUAUUCAAGACAAUGGAAAUUGAAAAAAAUUGUGUGAUAAAACAUGGAGUAUAACAAAUUGUUUAAGAUAUAACGCGGAUAAAAAAAAACUUCUACCAAAUUCCGCUUAUUAGUGAUGUUUAAUAUUUGAAAAGUGGCUGUAAAAAAUACAAAUGUGAAAAAAAAAACAAACUCACUCAAAAUUGUUUAAAACAGACUGAGGAUAAAAGAUUCAUUGUGAGAAGCGAAACUCGAAAAGUGGAAAAGUGAAUUUAUGUUGAUUUUUUUUUCUCUGUUGCCAAAUCAACCAGUUCAUUUAUUACGAAAACGGGAAUGAGUGUAAAAAACUUUGCCGAUGAACGAAGUUCACAACAUCAAUAUGGACUAUAUGAUAAAAUUUUGUGCUCGAGCUGUAAAAGACCACUUCGAAUGCAGUUUCGGUAGUCGAUAUGAUUAUACAAUUUCAAAAAAUAUCAGCAAUUGAUGAAAACAAUGUACAUUUAAUGAAACUUCAAAAAAAGGGAAUUUACAAAGGCACGAACGAAGAAAGAAUAACUCAUUAAAUUGCUGUACAAAUGAACGAUCACGCAACAAUUAUGAAAAAAUCAAGAUAUUUUCUGUUCAAAGCAGACAAAUUUCAAUGAUUUUAUACAAAAAAAUGGGACAAAUGAUGCUAAUAAAAAUGGAAACUGCGAAAAAACGCGUAGUUCAUAGAAUACCGAGCAAAUAAAAAAAAAUUCCAAUGACUUUAGUUAUUGAUCCAUUUAAAGACUUAUCAGUCAACGGUCAUGCGAUGUGAUUGCGUCUGGUUGGCUAAUUAAAAGAUUCGAAAGAGAAAAAAAGCAAAAAAAAAAAAAUAGUGAUGCUGGAACGAAUCAGGACACGUAACAACGUAAAGCAAUAAUUAUGAAUUAUGUUACGCGGCGUUUUCUUCGCUGUGCGAUGGUUGUAUUCAGUUGGUUUGUUGUGCCAUAUAGUAGAGUCACAACAUUGUGGGUGCCAAGGAAAAAACUUCCACCAAUGACAAAUCCAUUAUUGGAGAUACGAGCUGUGAAAUUGGCACAUAUGAUUCGUACGCGAAAGGUAACGAGUGAAGAAGUGGUGCAGGCAUAUAUUGACCGUUGCAAGGAAGUGAACCCCUUAGUAAAUGCAAUUGUUGAGGAUCGAUUUGAAGAGGCAUUAGAAGAGGCUCGCCAAAUUGAUGCCGAAAUUGCAAAAGGCACCAGAACUGUGGAAGAAAUGGAACGAGAAACACCAUUGCUUGGAUUACCUGUGACAGUUAAAGAAAGUAUAGCCGUCAAAGGUAUGAUAAAUCAAGGUGGACGUGUAUUUAAACAACGUCGCGUUGCCCAGUACGAUGCUCCGUGUGUUGUUUUAGUGAAAAAGCAUGGUGGCAUCAUUUUAUUAGUUAGCAAUACUCCAGAAUUGUGCAUGUGCUGGGAAACAUAUAACAAUGUUUCGGGCCAAACACGGAAUCCGUAUGAUUUAACUCGAACGCCGGGCGGUUCAAGUGGCGGUGAAGCGGCUUUGAUAAGCAGUGGCGCUUCGUUAAUUGGUCUGUCAUCAGAUAUUGCCGGUUCGGCACGAUUGCCGGCCAUGUUCACUGGCAUCUACGGUCAUAAGCCAACACCAUAUGCAAUUUCACCAAAAGGUCACAUUCCCGCUAGUAAUGUUGAAUAUUGGGGUGAUUUCUUUACCAUUGCACCAAUGACACGGUAUGCCAGUGACUUGCCGUUACUUCUCAAAUGCGUUAACGAUCCAAAUGGCAGAAAAUUGUUGUUGGAUAAGCACGUCGAUAUUAGCACAAUAAAAUUCUUCUAUAUGAACAAUGAUGGACCAUCGGGAACAACACGACGUCUAAGCAAAGAUAUCAAGUCGACAAUUGAUGAUGUUGCGUCUCAUUUUAAUGCAAACAAAGUCAAAAUAAAUGGCCUUAAAUGGGCUCUAGAAAUAUCGAUGUCAGCCAUGCUUCGAAUAAAGAAUGUUGAGACAAUUUACUACGAAGGAGAGGAUGGUGAACCACGAAAACAUAUGGGAAAAGAGACGCUCAAAUACUUCCUUGGGAUGUCAGAUAGUAUAUUUCCAUCAGUAUUAGUUGGACCAUUACAACAAGUGAUGCAUUGGUUACCUGAAUCGAGACACAGAAAAUUGGCCAAUAUCGCUGAAAAUUUAAAACAUCAAUUUCAAGAGCUGCUUGGAACAAAUGGUGUAUUUUUAUACCCAACAUUUCCAACAACCGCACAUCGACAUUAUCAAAUAUACCAUAAAUUAGUUGAUACUGGCUAUAUGAUGGUUUUUAAUACGAUAGGUCUUCCGGUAACGAAUUGUAUGGUUCGUUUAGAUCGUCAUAAGCUUCCAAUUGGUUUGCAGGUGGUUGCCAAUCCAGGACAAGACCAUUUGGCGCUUGCUGUUGCCCAGGCAAUUGAAGAGCAAUUUGGUGGAUGGGUUCCUCCGCCGGCCGCCACCCUCUGAGAUCAAAUAUAGACAAAACCAUGAAUUUAGAUAGUAUUUUAAUUAACUGGCACUGUAAAUAUACUUAAUUCAUUUGACUUUAGUUUCAAUAUAAUUUUUUUCUACUUGUCGCAUGGAAAUCAACUGUACUCUAGACUAUUUUUAAUGAAUAU